CGCACAGCCACACGCAGAAGCACAGCGCCAGAUGCUCUUUACAAACAGUCCUCCUGCCGCGUGCAGCGCGUCUUUUCUUCUCCACUGACGCACAAGCGGAAAAAAGACCUCUUUGGAUUUUUAACUCCGGAUUUUCUUUGGUGAAGUUUUUUUUUACAUGAAGUUCUCUAAAGUGCUUCUUUUUGGGAUUUACCUCGCGCUCUGGAGUUUUAUUGUGGUGACAGAUGGGUGAAUGAAGUGAUUCAGGGAGCACCACAUGCACGGAGCCGCACAGCUGGAUUAAAAAAAAAAAAAUAAAAAAAAAAAACGAAAUUAAUGGGCAAAAUGAUUAAUUCAGUUAAAUAAUUUAUGUCUCCGGACCAGAAGAUUUCAAGUACAGUUAUUAAUGUCAGUGUGGGUGAAGAUGUGUCGGACUGUGUUUGCUGCAGCGGCUCUGCUGCCGCUCGUGGUGCUCACACUUCAGGUGUUUGGGGCUCAAUCCUGUCCCAGGAGCUGUAACUGCUACCAGGCCAACGAAGUCCACUGCACUUUCCGUUCACUCCUCUCCAUACCCACAGGCCUGCCUGCACACACACGACGCAUAAACCUAGGGUUCAACAACAUCAAGCAACUCCAUGACAAAUCACUGGCUGGACUAAAAAGGGCAGAGCUCCUGAUGCUCCACAGCAAUGAUCUCCAUUACCUUCCAGAUGCAGCGUUCAGCGAUAUGAGAUCACUUCAGAUUCUAAAGUUAAGCUACAACAAGCUGAGAGAGAUCGCUUCAUCUCUGACCUUCUCUGGCCUGACAUCGCUGCUGCGCCUUUACUUGGAUCACAACCUCCUCCAGCACAUCCACCCCCGGUCUCUGCUCCAGCUGCCUAGCCUCAGGCUGCUCCGUCUGCAGGGGAACAGGCUGCAUCAGCUGCACCCUCAUGCCCUGUGCACUCUGUCCCUCCUCAAUACCUAUUACUUUUCAACACUAAGACACCUAGACUUGUCCAACAACAGUCUAACCACCCUUUCUAAAGAGAGUGUAGCAACAGCACCUCUGCUGGAGAGUCUCAACCUGCAGGCUAACCCCUGGAGCUGUGACUGUAGGAUGAACUGGUUUCUCAGCUGGAGUCUGGCUCACCCAGGUUUAAUGAAAUGUCCCAGUGGUCCUCAGUGUCCAGUCUGUGCCUCCCCCUAUUCACUUCAAGGUCAAGGCUUGCUUGACCAGACGGCACUAAUCUGUUCUUCACCAAUCAUCCUAUCUCCAGGAAAAGAAACCCUUUUGGACACUGAUCUUAGUGAAAUCCAAUCUAGUGAGACCUUCAAAGAGCCUUUAGGCAGUGUCUCACUGGGUCUGUCUGACCAGCAAGGGAACAGCAUUGAUGUGAGUUGUAAUAUUACUCACUCAACUGACUCGCAGGAUAUUGCUCCUCCACCAGAUCUAUCAUGGACGUCCUCUUCACCUCUUCAUCUCGCUAUGACUUUCUCUCUGGAGUGCCCCACUGGGGGAAGGAGCUAUGAAAAACUUUGGAGAAUUUUGGCCUACUACAGUGAGACUGCAGCUCAAUUUGAGAGGGAGAUCAUGCUCAGCAAAGCCCCAGCAUUGGCCUACCGCUAUAAACAGGCACCGGAUGCAAGUGGAUAUUAUCACACUGGAGUCAAAGCUUCUAUUAAAGCCAGACCACAGUGGUUACUGCAGCCAGCAAUUAGCAUUCAGCUCAACAGAGCACAGUCUAAUGGACUCAAAGUUCAGCUUACAUACUCAACGAGAGUUUCUGCUCAUCCUGAUUCCACUUCUCGUCUCUUUACAUCUUCUAUGUCUCACCAGUGGGUGAUGAUUUCAGCCACUUCCACAGCACUUGCUGCAGCAACAGGCAAAAAGGUGGAGCUAUCUUGCCCUUUUCUCAGUUCUGGUAGGCACAAUGUUUCAUGGAAUCUCCCAGGUGGAUCUAAACUCAACUCUCCCUUCAUUAGUUUAGAUGGAAGGCUCCAGGUUUCAGACUCAAGCUUACUUAUAAGAAAAGUACAGCUCUCAGAUGCUGGGAUUUAUUAUUGUGUUGUAAAAGCUGGAAGGGAUGUGGAUGUUCUUCCUCUACGCCUUGCAGUGGAAGAGACUUCUGCUCCGUAUUCAGCAGAACUAAGUGGACCUUCUGUUUCUCGAGCAGUUGGGGAAGCUGUCAGUCUGCCCUGCAGGAUAUCUGGCUCACCAGAACCAUCCACGAGUUGGAUUUUGCCAGAUGGAAAUGUAGUUCAGAUGGGAUUAACUGCAUCAGAAGGACUCAAAGUCCAUUCAAAUGGUAGUCUCUCUUUACAAAAAAUGUCUCUGAAAGAUACCGGAUAUUACCGCUGCAUUGCUGUCAACCAGUAUGGUAGUGAUUCUCUGUCCAUGCAGCUAAUAUUAAAUACACAACAUAUCUCUCCACUUGAGACUUCAUUUCUCGGAGGACCACAGUCAGCCUCUGGCAGGUCAACCAAGAUACGAGCCUCUUUAUUCCAGCAGGUUAAUGAAGGAUCAGGGAAUGACGAGGAAGAAGAACAGAAAACUCCUAUUGGCAAUAGGAGACAGACAAUGUCUCGUUCAAAUCUACAGCAUCCUUCUGGAAAGCUGCAAAGACAUGGACGUGUGAGAGAAGGGCCACUGAGAAGGAUUGGAGGGACCAUUUUACCCAAUGAGCAGAGAAGAAGCCAUAGCCAGAAUAGACACAGAAUCACUACAAACAAACUUAGAAUGGACCCAAAGUCAUGGGCUGAAAUCUUGGCAAAGAUUCGUCAAAAAGCUGCUAACUCCACUAAUGAGCAUACAAUUUCAAGCAAAAACGCAACGGCUGAUUCUGUCCAAGAAGACAACGAAAAUCACAGAAGAGAACAAGUAGAUGGUAAUAAUAUAAAUGAAGGCAGAGAUCAAGAAACAAGGAUGGAAGCAGAACCUGAAGAGUCUUCAGCUGAUAAUACUAUUCUGAGAGAGGAUCAGCCACAGCCCAUUCAGCCUGCUCACAAAGACACACAAGCAAAACCAAGGAACAAAAUCAAUGCAGAGAUAGAAAGUGGGGCAGAGACAACAGAAAAAUAUAUAGAUUCAGAAGUUAAUACAGAGACAAAUGUUCAGACAGAAAAAACAGGUCUACAAACACAAAAAACAGCAAUCUCGCUGAAUGAGUUAGUCACCUCUAAUCCAAAGUCAGCAACCAAUGAAAUUGUUUUAGAAUCAAAUGAGGUGCAUGGACAGGAACCAAACUUAAACCCACCAAUGACCAGGGCCCACAAUGCUCAAUCUGGACUUUUCCAUAAUUCUGUUCCUAACACCCACCUUCAAAGCCCCUGGAACUCACGUAGAAAGAUUGGACAACGAAGACGAACCAAGAGGCCAAAGAUUCGACCUAUGCCCUCACCUCCAUCUCUAUCUGACCCAGUAACACCUAAAUCAACCACCGAUAAAAUCCCUUUGCUACCAACAGCCUCAUAUUCAGAUACUAUGUUGAGAGUUAAUAACCACAUUAAGACUACGUCAAAUGUUGUGUCUCUGAAUCCUCUGCCUACACUUUUUUCAGACACGCUUAGUAUUUCCACUUCCAGCUUCAUAUCACUGUCACUUACUUCUUCCUCUGCCCACACAGACACAAACACAGACAUUCUGACUCAUUCAGUCAAAAUACCACAAACUCAAGAUUAUACUUUUAACAGCACACCAACACCUACUCAACCUAAUAAUGUGAUUUCAGAAAAGCAUGUGCCAAGCAUUCAUAAUAAGCCAUUUACACAUGGUAUACAGACUCGCACAGAAACGCAAACAACUGUAGGCAAACACAUUGAAAGACCCCCAAGCAGUGAGGAGCUAAAGAGCAAUGAAUUGGAUGAGCCCCACCUUUCAAACACUCACGCUUUCACUUCUUCCUUUAACCCCCAAGCAUCGUCAACUAUCACUUCUGCUGCAAAAAUCACAACUCUUGCAGCUACUUCCAGGACAGCUGGUUAUGUUGGCAGCACUGAAAGUACAUUAAACUUUAUUACUGGUGCAGAGACUCUUUCAACAGCAACCCCCACAAUAACACCAAGUCCCGCCACACUACCUUCAACCACCAUUGCCAUUCUGUUAUCCCACACAAUUAGACAGACUUUAACCCCUUCUACCUCUACUAAUACCAAAACUACUACAUCUACGUUUUCUCCAACUACUUUUUCAACUGAGACUUCUACUACCACAGUUGGCCCAAUACCUUACACUUCUGAUAUUACGACAGUUCCUAGCACUAGAGCAAAUAGUGCAACACUUUCCAUGAAGGAUAUCUCUGGAACUUCCAACCUGUCUACUAGAAGAACUCCAGUCAUAAUUCCAACUACUACAAAAACUGUUUCAACAGAAACUCCUCAAAUUACCACAAGGGAAUCUAAAAUGGACACUGUGUCAAGUACAACAACAGUGGGAUCAACAAGUACCAAAGCCUUGUUACAAAAGAUGCCAAUCACUGGUCAGGUUGACAUACAAAUGAGACUUUUUCCUGGUACUACAAACCAGAGUCAUACUUUGACUAGCUGGAAGAACCAUGGAGCAAAUUUUAUUCCAGAUUCACACAGAAAUAGGCUUCACCAGCCUCCUUCAUUGCCACUACCUGCUGUUCCAGUUGCUCCAACUGUAAGAUCCAGACCGUGGAUUGCAAAUCCACAUAUCAGGACAGUCUCACUGCCAGCAAACAGCACUGCCAGGCUGACUUGUGAAGCUCAAGGACACCCCAAACCCUUCAUCACAUGGACUAAGUCUGCCACAGGAGCAGUGAUGUCAAUCCACUCCAGGGCUCAGCGUUUUGAGGUCUUGCCAAACGGCACCCUUGUUAUCCAGAAUGUUCAGCCGCAGGACAGGGGCACAUAUAUCUGCAGCGCAAUGAGCUUCCUGGGUCGUGACAGGUUGCUUACUACCCUGGAUGUCUGGACCCGCCCUCCUCGUAUGCAGCUGGCAACUUACAGAGAAGUAACCAUUCAUCAGGGUGGAGACCUUCACUUGGAAUGCCAAGCAGAUGGUGUUCCAACUCCAUUGCUCUCCUGGGUUCUGCCUGAUCGUUCUACUCUAACCUCGGCUGUCACCUCCUCCAGUCGAAUCAGCGUGGACACAAAUGCAACUCUUCAUGUCCCGGUGACCUUACCUGGUGAUCGAGGCGUGUAUCGCUGUGUGGCGUCCAACUUGGCUGGUGCAGCCAGUGCUUCUGUGCGCGUACACGUGUCCUCAUUGCCCCCGGUGAUACAACAACCCAAGGAGGAACACCUGCUCUUUUCUCCGGGGAGGCCUGUUUAUGCGCACUGCUCUGCCCGAGGAGCCCCUCCACCAACUCUGCGUUGGCGAAUCCCAGAUGGGACCCUUGUUCGUCCAUCCCAGUUUCUUCACGGCAACCUGUUUGUCUUACCCAAUGGGACGCUGCACAUUCGCAAAGUUGGGCCAAAGGAUGCAGGGAGUUAUGAGUGCACUGCCAGUAAUGCUGUGGGGACCUCUAAGAGAGUAGUGAAAGUAGAAGUUAAAGGAGGGGGAGAGACAGAAAACCAAGAAAAGGCAAGAACUGAAAGAGUGAAAGACCAAAAAACAUCCAAUUCAUCUUCUUUCAACAAAGACAAAACAUUGGUCAUCCCUAGCCACCCCUCAGAUCCAUUCGACUCUGGGAAAAUCUCCCCAGUAUAUCCCUCUGACAGAUCGAGGAACUUGUCGAUCAGCCCAAGCCCUUUUAACUCUUCCUCUAACUCACCUCCUAAAAUCAAUAAAACAGUAAAAGCUUACCCUUCACACUUUACCGACAUCAAAAAAACAAAUCCCCCCUCUGUUUUCUCACAGUCCACUGUGCCAACACAUAACACCAAAGUCUCACACAGUGUAAACAGUACAAGAGUUAUUUCUUUCCCUGCAGACAAAAAAGCCUCAUCUGUUCUGCAGCCGCUGCCUAUCUCCCCUUUCACUAACGCCCGUAUUGUAUCAGCAUCACCCUCCACCACCACUGUAAACUAUGGGAGCACUUUAAAUCUUUACUGCUCUGUAACUGGCAACCCCACACCCAACAUUAUCUGGAGGUCUCCGGCAAAGAAACUAGUAGACAUUCACUACAGCUAUGAUGAGCGGUUGAAAGUGCACCCAAAUGGCACACUAUCAGUCCAGGCAGUAACGGAGAAAGAUGGUGGAGACUACCUGUGUAUUGCACGCAACAAGGUCGCAGAUGAUUAUCGACUUCUGCACGUGAAUGUGGCCACCAAGCCUGCAAAGAUUGAGCCAAAACAACCACUUAAUCAUUUGGUGACAUUUGGGAAAUCAUUGAAGAUGGACUGCCAGGCAUCUGGACUGCCUCACCCAGCUGUGCGUUGGAGCCUACCAGAUGGAACCAUCGUUAGAGGUGUGGGAAACAAUAGGGGGCGACCACAGAAACUAAUUGUAUUUGACAAUGGGACGUUACUGGUUCCAGCUGUGGGUAUGAGAGAAGAAGGCAUGUAUACAUGUUACGCUGAGAACCAAGCAGGUCAAGACACCAUGACGGUCAGUGUAAUGGUUGUGAAGACAACUCCACCAACCUUUGCCGAGGCCAAAAGCCACAGUUUCAUCAAAGUACGCCAGGGAGAAACUGCUACAAUUCCUUGCCGGGCCAGGGGAAAUCCCACACCAACAGUAAAGUGGUUUUCCCCAGCACACCGUGUCGUACCACAAAGUUUACAAUUUGGUUUUUCUGGGCGAAUUGUGGUGGUUUCAGAUGGAACACUCAAGGUACUUUCAGCCCAAAAGACUGAUGCAGGAAAUUAUACAUGCCAAGCAAGCAACUCAGCUGGGAUGAGAAACACUGUGGUGAGCUUGGAAGUUGAGACCUCUGCCCAUGGACUUAGUGGACAGAUGGGAGAAGGACGAGGUUGGAGUAUUAACAGUGAGCGUGAGGAUAGCCAUUACAUUCGAUCUGGAGACAUCGUUGACAACAUAAAAAUAAGUGGAACUAGUGGAAUCACAAGCAAGCUGGGUAGCAAUUACAGCUACAGUGAUAACAAUGGUAAAAUAAGUAAUGUGGUACUGAAUACUGAUGUAAACUUAGUCUUCGGUGGCUCUAAUCCUGCCCUGAGAAGUUAUAAUCAAAAUGGAUUCAAGAGCCCUGCGGGUGGAUUUACAACACAGCAGGGAAAGGCUGGGAUCAUUGUAGGGUCAAAUGGACAACAGAGUGUAGGCACUAAAGUUUAUGGCACUGAAACAAACAAAAGCAGACCCAGCAUUUUGAGUCAAAGUAAUAGUUUAGGUCAUAGUCAAAGUACAAGUGACAGAAAUCCUGGGACAAAUAACUAUGAUAUCACUGCAGGAAGAACCAAAAGUGAUGCUUAUACCAGUCGAUACAAUAUCAGGUUAAGUGGUAUUCCAAGAAGUGCUGGAAGCUUUAGCAGUAGUUUGUCAAAUAGAGGAGCUGGUACCAGUACAGUUUCAGGACAUGGGUUUAGUAGGAAUAGUAAUUUGAAGGAGAACAGCGACAGUAGAAGAAAUAAUGAUGGUAUAAAUGGUAGUUCUGGGGCAACUCAGGGUGUGGUAAAGCAGCGAGCAAUUAAAGGCCAGACAGUUCUUUUGCCAUGCCCAUCUCAAGGUUCUCCUGCACCUCGUCUGUCCUGGCUUCUUCCUGGAAACGGCAUGCUGCCAGCUCCUUACUAUGGCAGUCGACUCACUGUGCAUAGAAACGGCUCCCUGGAGCUGCGGGGUCUUCAAAUGAGUGACGGUGGGACUUUGGUUUGUGUAGCGAAAAGUGAAAAAGGAGAAACAUUGAUCCGGGUGGAGCUGGAGGUAUCAGAGCAUCAAGAAGAUGCAAGAGCUCCACAAGAGGGAGUAGUGGAGAAAAAAUCACAAGCAGGUGAUUUAUUAAAUCCAGCUCAGUCCUUAACCUUAAGACCAGUGUCACCUCUACCACUUCAGCAGAAGAGCUUAAGGUUGUCUGAAUAUCCUCUUUCAGUAAACUCUUUAGCAUCCAAAAGCUUGAGCUCUGAGCCCACAGUGAGCACCAGAACAGCCCCCCUUGUGAGUACCAUUAACGGAGAAACCCUCAGCCUGCCUUGUCCUGUUACUCAAACCCAGGUCUCAUUUUUAUGGACAACACCCAGUGGCAAGGUUCUAUCCAGGGGUGAGAGUGGAGACUCGGGUCGUUUCACAGUGCAUGAAGAUGGAACACUAAUCAUUAAGGACACCUCUGUUUUUGACAGGGGCACCUACACUUGCAAAGUCUCCAGUAAUGAUGCUUCCUCGGUUUAUGUCCUUACAGUUCCAGUCAUUGUCAUUGCAUACCCUCCCCGCAUCACAAAAGGCCCCUCUCCUGUGACCUACACCAGCCAAGGUGUUGCUGUGGAGCUGCCCUGCCUGACAAUAGCAACCCCACGAGCAAUGAUUACUUGGGAAACACCGGACCUAAUUCAGCUGAGGGUGACGGGUCAGCCUCGGAUUUAUGGCAACCGCUACCUGAGCCCCCAAGGUUCUUUGGUGAUACAGAACCCAAACCACAGGGAUACAGGAUUUUACAGAUGCACUGCCCAAAAUGUAAUUGGAGUGGACACCAAAGCAACCUACCUGCAUGUUAUAUAAAUGGGAUGAAGCGAACAUAGACACAUUAAUCCUCUCAAACGUGAACCUA